AUGGUCGCGACGUCGGUUAUGAAUCGGUCUGGCUCGCACCACUCCAACAUGGACACACCCGGUCAAUCCUCCGUGCGUGCGGCUUCGGUCAACGCAUCGAGCGGGCCUCUGCUCGAGCCGGAACAUCAAGACCGUCGCACUCUCAAGCUCAGCGUUCGACUCGCCGAUACCAUACGUCACUUUUGGGAUCUCGGAUUCACGGCUUUCGGUGGUCCAGGCGUCCAUGUUGUCAUCCUUCGCAAACGCUUCGUCGACAAGCUGGCCUGGAUCGACGAGACCACAUUCGCCGAUCUCUUCUCGCUCGGCAACGCACUUCCCGGCCCUGGAUCUACCCAGCUCGCCUUUUCCAUCGCUGUCGCGCGCAACGGAACAUUAGCGGGCCUUGUUGCCUUCCUCUUCUGGUCGCUUCCCGGCGCGGCCGGUAUGGCUACUCUUGGCGCCGGUGUGAGGAAGUUCCCCGAACGACUGCCGCCGAUCGUGCUGGGCCUCUUGACCGGCCUGAAUGCUUCAGCUGUCGGUCUCAUCGCGCUCGCUGCUUUUCAGCUCAGCAAUUCCUCCAUCACAGAUCCAGUCACGAGACUGCUGGUUUUAGGUUCUGCCUCAUUCGGUAUUUGCUACCACGCACCUUGGAUGUAUCCUGUGCUCGUGUUCGGAGGUGGUCUCAUCACUCUGCUUUAUGACUUUCGCCAUCGUAUCGUUCAAGCCGUCUCUUCCAAGAUUCAGAGGCAGAGUGCUAGGUCCAAAGAUCGCGAGCAGAAUCGGGUCGACAUCCAACCUGACGCCACUCAGGACAUAGAGCUUGAACCUGUCGCCUCCAACCGUAGGCCGUCCCUCGAUGAUGCAACGGACAAGAAGCAACCUGGUCCAGCAGUGCAAGAGCUGCCAUUCCAGGCAGGGCCAAGCACAGCGCAAACCUCCCUUCGACAACGCACUGCCCACAAUGUUGACCGCAAUCGUUCAAAUAUAGCUGCGAAUGGCAACACGCCCGAGUCCGUUGCCGCAGCCGACCGUCGUACGCCUAUCAUGGUCUUGAACCGCACUGUCGCGAUCGCUCUCUUUUCAGGCUUCAUCACGCUCGUCGUCGCCGUCGUUGUCACACGAUCCCAGCUCACUUCACCUCCGCGCACCCUCGACUUCUUCACUGACAUGAUGAUCGCAGGGGUCAUCAUCUUUGGCGGCGGUCCAGUCGUCAUUCCACUCCUUCGAGGCUAUACCGUCGAGAACGGCUGGGUCGAAUCGCGAGAUUUUCUGCUUGGCUUUGCCAUCCUUCAAGCCUUUCCCGGUCCCAACUUCAACUUUGCCGCCUAUCUUGGUGUCCUUUCCGUCCCAAGCAAUCCUGCGCUUGGCGCUUUCAUCGGUUGGCUGGGCAUCUUCUCACCUGGUCUGCUGCUUAAGCUCUCACUGCUUCCGAUCUACAACACGUGGCGUAAGCACGAGGUCGCCAAAUCUGCACUUCGCGGUCUCAAUGCCUCUGCGACGGGGUUGGUGUUCACUGCAGUGUGGCAGUUAUUCCUCGUCGGAUACAUUUACACUCCCGCACGUGGCGCCGCUGUGGAAGCGACAAGUCAGAGCGGUCCGCUGACGUCCGAUCCUUUCUGGGGCGUGGUGGCCAGUUCGGCAUUUGUGGCCACGCAAUGGUUCAAGAGUCCACCUGCCGUCACCAUUGUUGCCGGUGCUGUAGCAGGGCUCGCAUGGUUCGGCGUUGUUGGUGCAGCAGGUACCGAGCGUCAGCUGGCUUUCUUCUGA